UGUGUCCCCAGGAACACCCUGGCUGAGGACCACAGUGGCCACCCUGGGGAGACUGGGCAUCACCAUGGCCUUCGAGAUCGUCUACCUGGUCAACUCGGAGCUGUACCCGACGACGCUACGGAACUUCGGCGUGUCGCUCUGCUCCGGGCUGUGCGACUUCGGGGGCAUCAUCGCGCCCUUCCUGCUCUUCCGCCUGGCCGCCCUCUGGCUGGAGCUGCCGCUCAUCAUCUUCGGUGUCCUGGCCUCCGUGUGCGGCGGCCUCGUGAUGCUUCUGCCUGAGACCAAGGGCAUCGCCUUGCCGGAGACGGUGGACGACGUCGAGAAGCUGGGCAGGUAUCGUAUGGCAUUCAGCGCCGCCUCAGUCACAGCGGCGUUCAGGCCACCAGGGGAAGGAG